AUGGCGGCGAUGGACUUGGCGCUGACGACCUCGCCGGACCACGUGUUGGCGCUGUGCGGGGAGCUGAUUCAGCGCGGGGGUUUGGAAAGCUCUUUGCGGGGUUUAGGGUUUGCUGCUGUGGCGCUGCUGCUGCAGUUUGCUGCAGCAAAUAUAGCCUUUAAGGGGCAGCAGCAAACUCGCUGCUGCUUGCUGCUGCUGCAGUCGCUGCUGCACACCAAAGAGCAGUGGCUGCUGGCCCACGCGCAAACCGCCGCAGAACUCAAACCCCUCAUUGCCAAGAUUUGCCAGCGAGUGGCCUUCGAGUUGGAGCAAAUUCGAAGGCUAGCCCGCACCGAGGCCCUCGUGGACGCCCUACUGGCCAUUUAG